AUGAAAGGCCUCUACUCCACUUGCGUGAUUCUUUUGCCGAUAGAGCUCGACAAGGUUUUCUCCUUCCUUUGCUUCUCCGAUCUAUUGUCGGGUUUCAGCUGCCUCGCCGGUAAAUUCUUCCGUCCUGGUAAUUUUUUUCCUUCCACUGUCUCUUCUUCUUGUUUCUUGGAGCCGGAAACCCUAGAGGGUUACCGAGCCACUGCUGGGAGCUUGAUAUUCAAUUUGACGGGUUUUCUGCUUCUUCGCGUCUCUGGUUUUUCUUUCCGCGGCGAAAACCCUACAUUGGCUGUUUGGUGUAUUGAAUUGCUGGCUUUGCUUGCUUGCAGAUUCGCGGAGAGGAAGGAGCAUUCAAUUGGAGCGGAGCAAGGGCAGUAG